AUGAAUAGAACUAAAGUAUUAGUAUUAAUAAUAGUAUUCGUUGUUGUAAUAGAUUUUACAAACGGCAAUUUAGAUAAACAAGAUAUAUCUACAGUGACUUGUGUUCUAUCAAACAGUAAAGUUUUCACACAAUGUCAAGAUAGUGUUUGUCCAUCGAUUAUAUCAUGCAUCAGAAAAUACGAAUCAUCCUAUUCGAACAUCAAUAUUCAUGUGGAGAAUGGAUAUCAUAUAUGUAAACAAACUACUGAUUAUAAACUGAAACACCAUUUACACAUUGAUAUUCGACCUUUAGAUCAAUCAUCAUUAACAAAACCUAUAUUUACUUGUCAAAGAGAUACAUCAUUCUUAAGAUUGAAAACAACGUUUGAUUUAACAAUCAAUAUAUCGAAUAUUGUGGUUGAUACCAAUCAACUGAAACAAUUCCGUGGUAGUUUAAUAACAAUAGAUGCGCAAUCAAGUAAUCCAUCACUUUCGUUAUAUCAUGAACCAAAUUCCAAUGUUUUAACAUUGAACAAUGUUGUUUUGAAUAAUGCUAACUCAAUGCCCAGCAUUAAACAUUACUAUACAGAAGCAGGUUCGAUAACACUUGACUAUAUAAGUUUAAUCAUCAAUAACUGUACAAUUAACAACUCUCAAUCAACAGGUGGUAUUUCAUCUCUUUCAGUUAUGAAGAUCAAAGCUAAUAGAUUGAUGAUUCGUCAUUCAACUAUAUCAAAUUCCCAAGCUUUUAAUGGACUUAGUGGCAUCUACUUUAAAGGAAAAGAUCUUGAAAUCUUUGACACUGUCUUUGAUGGAAAUUCAAUGCCAGGUACGUCAUUCUUCACGGCAAGGACAUACAACGCUUCAGUAACAUUCAGUAGAUUCUCAAACAACAAAGUAAAAUAUGGUGGUUGUUUAGUAUUACAUUCCGACUCAGUACUGAUUGAUUCAAAUGUUUUCGAUAGAAAUCAUGGUGAAAGUGCAUCCGCAUUACUUUUUGACAGUAGAGAUACAGAGAACUAUUUAACAAACAACAGUUUUACAAAUAAUUUUGCUCUUGAACAAGGUACAUUGUAUAUUGGUUCAGGUGGUAAUCAUUAUUUAAAUGGAUCUAUUUUCGAUAGUAAUAUUGGUAAAUCAGCUGUUGAUAUCUAUUUUGGUUUUAGGAACUUGACAAUGUUUGGUGGUACCUUUAUAAACACAACAACAAUCUCUAACAAUCAAAAUUUAUCUUAUCCACAAUUCCCAGAGUAUGCUUUGAAUAUGACCACCACCGUUCCAAUGAUGGAACGCAACCCCGAUUUGAAAGGUGGUUGUCCAUCAGACUUUCAAACAAUUCAACUACAGAAUGGCAAUACAACAUGUUUGAAGAUCCACUACACAAACGAACCUGAAUAUGUCUACGAAGAAGAUGAUGAAAGUUGGCGUCCACUUCAUUAUAUUGCUCUGCUAAUAAUCUUUUUAUACUUUUUAAUUUUCUGUUUCUUGAUGUAUUGGCUAAUUCGUAUUAUAAAAAUAAUUUUGAAUUAUUUAUAUAAAAUCAUUUUUUAA